AUGUCCAUAAUGAUUAUCGUUGUUCCAAGUCUACGCAUCAAAGACUCGAGUCAAAUUACUCGCUUGAUCAACUUCUACAAUUUACACUUGUAUUUCCAUCAUUCAUAUUCUAUUCACAAUAUCACAACAAUUACGAUUACCAACGCCCCAAGACCGAAUCAAAGAAGCAGGAAACCCCUACAAUCUCUGAAGUCUCAACGCCCUAAUCCGUCUCUCCAACCGUCCCGCCAGCAUAUGAAACACGCCUCUCCAGAUUUGCGCAUAGAAAACGAUGCGAGAAAAAACGAGUAUAAUUGCAUCAUAGAGGCUCCAAAUGACAAGAAGAACGAGCAAAAAGCCAAAGCCAAUCACGAAGCCAUCGACGAAACCGCCGAUCAAUGA